GUUCUCAUGAAUUUUUCACAGUUUGUAUUUUAUCCCGCAGCAGGUGUAAUUCCAGGUUAGGGAAAGUGACACCUAGCCAAUAAGCGCCCUCUCUCUCUCUCUCUCUCCAUUGGUCCCGUGAUGCCUCCAGGGCGGUGAGGUGUGGCCUCGCUCCUGCGGCGCGCGCUCACAGGGGAAUAAACAGCUCGAGGUAUAAAGACAGCAUUGUGGAGGACCACCACUUCAUGUCUUUGAAGCAUUCCCGACGUGGACUCAUAUUUCCUGUGAGGUUAAACUUUUUGGGGACGUUGUCAGGACUUAUGCGUCAGAUACGUGGUGUCCCCGUUUGACUAAAAAUAACUGGGAAACUUUCUCUCUGGCCCGCUAUGAGGAGCUCACUAUGAGGACAGUUUGCUGUGCUCCAUCCCUCUGAAGGCUUCUCAGCAAACAGGUGGAUUUCAGAUAUUACGUUAAGGUAUCUGAAGCUUCAGCAUGCCAGCGCCCCCUCCUCCACCUCCGCCUCCGCCUCCGCCUCCCCUGGCCCCCCCGCCACCUCCUCCUCCACCCAGCGCUGCCCUGCCUCAGUGUCCGUCUGAGCCUCCUAAGCUCCAGUCUGGUGGAGGUGGAGGAGGUGGGAGGAAUGCCCUGCUGGCCGACAUCCAGAAAGGAACCCGGCUCAGGAAAGUCACGCAGGUCAACGACCGCAGUGCCCCUGCUGUUGAUAAGCCCAAAGCUAAUUCUGCUGACGCAUCAAGCAGUGCUGUUUCUUCAUCAGGAGGGAUUGCACCCAUGGGACCCCCUUUGGCUGGACUUUUUGCUGGAGGCUUCCCCACCCUCAGACCUAUAGGACAGAGAGACUUAGCAGGAAAGACCCCAGUGUCACGGUCCAGUUCCUCCACCUCCCUGAAGCCGCUGUGGAAUCCCCCCCCACCCGCCGACUCAGAGCCUCUCAGGACAGUGGAAGCCCGGAGCUCCGCUCACCGCCCGCUUGCUCCAUCAUCCUCCGCUCCUCCCUCCCCCUCUCACGGCAGCAAGCAUCCACCUCCUUUCCCAACCUCCUCCCCUCCUCCUCCUCCACCAGCCCCUCCCUCAGCUCCUCCCCCACCUCCUCCGCCUCAAGCCUUCCAGGACCGUCCGACCAACAAGCCCCCACCUAUCCCCUCCUGUCCCCCCCCCCCACCUCCAUCCCAGGUCACAAAGCCCACCUGGCUCCCCAUCCAGCACUCCUCCAUCUCCCAGCCCUCCACUCCCCCUCCGCCCCCUCCUUUCCAGUCUCCGUCUGCUGUGCCAGGGGACCGCUCCUCUGGGUGCUUCUACCCUCCGCCCCCCUCCCCAGUCAUCUCUGAACCUUCAAGGUUCCCCAUCCUGCGAGACAGUCCACUGGGACCUCCUCCCCCACCUCCUCCUCCACCUUUACCAGUUUCUUUCACCCCCAAUUGCCCUCCUCCACCACCCAAAGUCCCCCCAGUGCCCUCUCCAACCAUGAGAUCUCUUCCUCCAUCGUACCCCUGCAAUGCCCCAACUCGACGGCCGCCUGCUGUCCCCAGGAGUGCAGGUGGAGGUCGGCUGGCUCCUCCCCCUGCUCCCCCUGUGCGCUCCCCUUCUACCGAGCUGUCCAGCCGCAUUCCUCCUCCUCCACCUCCUCCACCCCUGCCUCCAUCAAGUCUCAGGAACGGACACCUGCACAGCCUGGCAGAUGAUUUUGAGUCCAAGUUCCAGUUUCACCCAGUAGAAGAUUUACCUCCUCCUGAUGAAUUCAAGCCUUUCCCUCGGAUCUACCCCAGCAAAGAAAACAGAGUGAAUGCCAAACCGCCUGGGAUGAGGACACACCUCAGAUGAGUCACCUUCAUCCCCCACACAUCUCAACAGUUUCUCCUCUUCCUCUGUGAGAGCAGUGGACUCAUUUGGAUGCAGGCUCUCCAUGCAUGUGUGCCGUUUGUGUUUAGUGUAUUUGUGUGAAUGUGUGGGUACAUGUGAGUGUCAAACAGCGUCCCGCCUUUCUCUGACUAUGUGACCUCUGGCUUUUUCCAGUGUGGAAUGUUUUGAAUGUGUGUGAGGAGGAGGGCUCUCCCUACUCGUACUCAUAAUCACACACCAGGACAGUGUCCUUCAGCAGCUAUAUUUAACAUGACUCCUCACACAGUUUGUAAACAGGACUGUAACUACAUUAAGAGCCACAACUUCUCUGAGGUGUUUGAGAGACAUGUAAUGGUCUGUUAGUUCAUAAAGCUGCACUUUAAGGCUCAGCCUCAUCACUGAUUUUCCCCCUACCCUUUGUUUUUGACUACCCCUCUGAACAGAGUUUUACAAGGGGUAGUGGUGAGAUCUUCCCCUAUGAAAUGGGACAACCCUCUAAGACCCUUUUGCAUGAGCUAUUGGCAUCCUUUUACGGCUUUUAGGCACAAAUCGAGAAUUUACAUUGUAUUUCUUAGCUACACUAUAAGGACAAAAGCAUUUGCCUGCCUGACCUUUACUUCAAUGGGGACUGCAAUGAAUGUAUUGCAAUUACGUACUUAAAUAUGGAGUUAACCCCCCUUUUGCAGCUAUAACAGCCUUCACUCUUCUUGGAAGGCUUUCCACAAGAUUUUGGAGUGGUUUUGUGUGAAUUUGUGCCCAUUCAUUCUGUAGAGAAUUUAUGAGGUCAGGCACUGGUGUUAGACAAAAAGGCCCGGUUCGCAAUCAUCCCAAAGGUAAUCAUCCCAAACCCCAAAUUGUGAACGCGCAAAACACAUGGGAAGGAUUACUGUAAGUGCAAAGGGCUAGGGAAGUAUUGGGACUGAGAUUUUAAAGGGGGCAUAUUAUACAGACUUUCAGACUUUUCUAACAAAAUUUUGUGCCCCUGGCCUGUCCACAUUCCCUCAAAUACCAGAACAAUCCAUUCCCUUGCCCCGUCUCCUUCUCCACCUUUCAGAAAAUGUGUGCUAAAACAAGCCGUUCUCAGAUGGUUCGGUUGUCCCUCCCCGUUUGAAAGAAAGUUCCACUCUCCUCUCCUGAUCCAUUAAGCCAUAUCUAUUUCCUCAGAGGGGCAGGGUCAGGGGCAGAGUCAGACACCUGAGUAACAUUUUUAGACAUUUUUAGGGGUUUUUAUACAUGCGAAAGUCCAAUACUGGGGUAUUUUUUCAACAACAAACUUCACAGGCAUGUUUUUGUUGCCACUAAGACCAGUAUAAACUUGUCUUAAAAGGGGUAUAAUAUAUCCCCUUUAAGUAAAUGACUCCCAAUCUAAGGUCCGGGAACCCCAAGGGAGGGCACCAAAGAUCUUUGGAGGAGAAGAUUUUUAGAUGUGUACAAUUAAAUUGUUCAUGCAAAGAUCUUUUGGUAAGAACAGCAAAUUUACACCAUUUUUUGUGGGGUUUUUAUUAAUGAAAAUGAAAAUUUAUGUCAAUUUUGGACAGCAACAUAUAUAUUUUUUAUUAACUUGGGUCUUGAGGAGACUUUAAGGAGAAAUGGUUGGGAACCAGUCCUUUAAGUUGCAAUUAAAAAUACAAAAACACUCUAAUAUUUGGUCACUUAUUGAGAUUGAUAGUACACUCAGAAAAAACUAGAAUUACUUCCUGGAAGGCUUUUAUUAGACGUGCACUAACAAUCUUUUUACAAGGCUUUCUCCUAAUGUUUGAGUAAACAAUCCUCUGAAAAUGUCACUUUUGAUCAUAUCACCCUGUUACUAAGAUGCUCUGUUAUUUAGCGAAGUAAAUCCUACAUAAACUCAGUGAAAAAGCAAAGAAAUACAGGUGAAUCUUUUGUAACCCCUCAAUUACACAUGCAGCUUUAUAACCCUUGUACAUGAGUUGGUGCUUUUAGUUUUUCUAUGUUUUAGAUGAUUUUUAUAUAAGAUGUGUGAGGUUCAUGGGAAUGCACCUGUCUAAAUCAACACUGAGGUGUUGUCUGCUAUGAAUAGAUAAUAACUGAGGUGUACCAUUUCCUUUCUCCCAGUGUAUCCACCAAAACUAACACCUGUGAAGACAGUGCCACCUGCUGGUUCAAUGUGUAAAAAAUAAAAAAUAAACUACAGUAUUUUGAUAAAA